AUGACGGAGGCUGAUCCCGAGCUCUACUAUGAGAGUGGAGGUUAUGAUGUAGAGUUGUUUGUUGACCCUCCAGACCCAGAGUGGAUUUGUGCCAUAUGCCAAGGUGUUCUUAGAUGCCCAGUGCGGGCACCUUGCCAUCACAUCUUCUGCAAAAAAUGCAUAUUACAGUGGCUGAAAAGGCAGGAGACGUGCCCUUGCUGUCGAAAACCCAUUAAUCAUAACUUAAUAUUGGUGAUGUACAAACUGAGCAAGUCAAUCGGCCGCCUGAAGAUCAAGUGCAAGAACGAGAUCCGCGGCUGCCGCGCAACCUUCCCGCUGUCCGAGCAGUACUGCCACAGCCUGGACUGCGUGUUCGAGUUGGUGGGCUGCCCGUACCGCGGCUGCCGCGCUCAGUUGCUGCGGCGCGACCUGGAGACGCACACGCGCCACUGCGAGCACUGGAGCCAGCCAUGCCACAUGGGCUGCGGGGUGCUGCUCAGCCACGGUACCCAGGCCCAGCACAACUGCUACCAGCAGCUGCGGCUGCAGCACGAGGCCCAGCGCCAGAGCCACCGCACCGUGGCCAUCGCCCUCAAGAAGAAGAUGCGGCGCAUGCAGAAGGCCAUGGACCACAUGAAGGAGCAGAUCGCGCUCAUCUGCGAGAGCCUGGAGGUCCUGGACGACAAGGAGGAGGACGAGGAGGAGGGGGGUGUCAGCAGCGGGAGGAUCGGCAGCUUCUGAGGAAGGGCUUCCAUGAAUUGGGGCCCUCUAUUUGCUUUGUGGACUGAGCUAUGGGUUGAAUAGGAUGACAGUGUAUUGCAGAAAGAAUGGACAUUAUUUAUACCACACAUAAUAUCAAUAUGAGAGAUGGACCUUUUGAGUUUGUGUUUUUUUAUAGCAAAGGGUGAAAAUUUAUAUGAAAUUGCCUAUGCAUGAGUACAAAUGGAGAGAAAAACAGUAUUAAAGUUAUUUUUAAGUUCCCAAAC